AUGAGGUCAUCACUCUGGCCUUCAACCACCAGUGUAGGCACGGCAACUCUACAUCCGUACACCUCCAUCUCCAGCUCACAUACUCCCAAAGGCCUCGUCUUCAACCCACCACAACCAACCAAGACUACCUCUGUAGGACUCAAUGAUGGACUUUUCAACACUCCUGCACGCAACAGUUCAGGUAAUGGGCUGGAAUCUUUGGUAGGCGUGAAACAACUGAUCUUUGAAUCAUUCCUCUCCACAGUGCUCCUGUGCCGGGGCAAAGCUUUCAGCGAUUUCACCGGACCAGACUGUCGGUUUCUGUCAUUUAAAAAAGGAGAGACUAUAUAUGUCUACUAUAAACUCUCAGGCCAAAGGACAAAUAUAUGUGCAGGGAGUGACCAACUCGUAAUCAAUCACAUAUACACUGAAAAAGAAUUGGAGAUUCCUGCUGAGGAAACCGACAUUGUUUGCUUUGACACUGGACACGAUAAGUUUGACAGUUAUGCCAUUGAUUCACUGUUAGGUUCCUCUUUAUUGUUAACAGACAAGGAGGAAUCUGUGCAAGUAACCACAGAGACUUUGUACCUAAACAAAAGUGCUGAGAGCACCACGGUGGAAGUGGAUGAGCCUCCACCUGAAGUGACACUGUUAGAAAAUGAUGAGAUUGAUAGGGAUGUACCUGAGGACAUUGAUAAGGUUGUAGAGGUUCCAGAUAAUGAUGAUCUGAGACAUUUUGAGGCUUUAGAGUCCUCUCUGCCUCAGCCUGAAACUCUUGACACAAAGGGAGUGGAAUCUAACACUGUACUUGAGACCACAGCUGAGAGGAUCAAAGAUUACCUUCAGAAAGAUCAGCAGAGGACAGAGGACUCUGUGCCGUACAGUGUUGUUGAACCAGAGGAAGGUGAGAUCAAAGAAACCCCCUCAGAACCUGAAUUCCAAAGAUGA